AUGCAUGCUAAGCGGCAUACAGUUUGGAAGGGAAAUCUCGACAUCAUCAACACCCCGGAGGGUAAGAAUGUAAGAGACUGCUUGACAUUUCCUUUCCCAUGUCCGAUCUUACAAUUCUCUGCCAACAGCCGCUCUACCUGGAAUUUCUAUUGUCUCACCCUAUCGGUCAAAACCCAACGCUUAUACCAGUUAUCUACCUAG